UUACUUAAGUAAUGUUUUAAAUGCAGGUCUUUUACUUAUAACAGCAAAGAAAAGGAUCCAAAUACGUACUCCACAACUGCAAAACAGUUGCUGGAAAACCUAAUAAACUCCAGAUAAGCCCUACAGAGUCACCGCCUAUUUUUAACUUCGAUAAAACUUUUGCGGCGUGAAUGGUCAGAGCUAUUGACGCAAAGCACUAAUAUCCAUUAGUGACUGGUCCAUUUACCUGUCAGUGUAUGUCAGUCAAAAUGAUAGGCCAACCGGAGCCCGUGUUUGGUUCUUUGCUCCUCCCAUUUGGCUGGUGACGAAGAGGGUCAUGUGUUGUUUGUGCUCUGGCCCGUAGAGAUGUGUACAGGAGGAGAAGGGAACAGAUUGCUAACAGAGCUAGCCGGAUCCUCCCGAUUGUAGAAAUACGACCGAACGUGGUCAUGCUGCACACGAUAGGCUUCACCUCAUGAGAAAAGCCAGCAUUGGAAUACCUGCGUCGCUGCUAAAAAAGGCACCGGGACUCCUCUUUUUAACGGAAUAACAAAGCCGGAAGGCAAGGCAGCGAUGUUGAUGGUGGAGACGCAGCAGAGGGACAUGGGGACGAAAUCUGCGGGCGCCACUGCAAACGGAGACAGCUCGGUCUGGGAACCCCCUUCCCCGUUAAUUAAUGUCGGUGGUGGCGGCGGAGGAGGAGGCUCUCGUUUCCAUCAGCAUUUACCGCCCUCCAACCACCUCCAUCACCACAUGAGCCACCAUCACUCGCCAAAGGAUCAACAGCAGCACCAUCACUACCAGCUGGCUCCGCAGCAGCAGCAUCUCUCCGUUGAAAACAUCGCAGAGUCCCCGGGCAGGAAAGCGUCCUCCUCGUCUCUCAGCCAGGUACAUACCGCGGAGGACCCAGCCGCUUCCUCCGCCGCUAGCAGCAGCAGCAGCAGCAGCACGAUAUGCGCGGCUGUGAACGUCGCUAAUACCUCAGACGUUGUGGAUGAUAUUCGAAAAUGUGGCUAUUUAAGAAAGCAAAAACACGGACAUAAAAGGUUUUUCGUGCUGCGGGCUGCCAGCCACCUAGGGCCGAGCCGCUUGGAGUACUAUGACAGCGAGAAGAAAUUCAGGAACAGCCUGCGCUCUGCUGCCGCGGCCGCCGCCAGCGGUGGUGCGGUCGCUCCUUCUCCCCCAAAAAGGGUUAUUUACCUCUACCAGUGCUUCACGGUAAACAAAAGGGCGGAUUCCAAAAACAAACACCUCAUUGCCCUUUAUACUAAGGAUGAGUAUUUUGCCAUUGUGGCUGAAAAUGAGCAGGAGCAAGAAGAAUGGUACGUAGCUGUCAGUGAGUUGAUGAGUGAGGGCAAAAAAGGGCACUUGGAUUCUGAUGAUUUAGAUGAUGGAUAUGGUACAGUCACCCCUGGUACAGUGUUUAAAGAGGUGUGGCAGGUGAAUGUGAAACCUAAAGGACUAGGUCAAACAAAAAACCUCACAGGCGUUUACCGGCUAUGCCUCUCAACUAAAACCAUUCACCUCGUUAAGUUGAACUCUGAAACCCCCUGUGUUAACCUCCAGCUGAUGAAUAUCAGACGCUGUGGACAUUCAGAAAGCUUCUUUUUCAUUGAGGUUGGUCGCUCCUCCUCUAUUGGGCCUGGGGAGAUAUGGAUGCAGGUGGAUGAUUCUGUUGUUGCCCAAAACAUGCACGAGACCAUUCUGGAGACAAUGAAAGCCCUUAAAGCUUUUGCAGAGUUUCGGCCCAGGAGCAAGAGCCAGUCAUCAGGCUCCAACCCCAUGCCAUUUAUCACGACACGGCGCCACCUGGGCAACCUGCCACCGAGCCAGACGGGGCUGCAGCGGCGGUCAAGGACAGAAUCAGUUGUUGGCACACCGCCUUCAAGUAAAAGCUCCAGGGCUAGUGGUUAUCGCUUCCGUACAUCCAGUGAGGGUGAGGGGACAAUGAACCGGCCAUUCUGCUCCACCACAGGAAGUCUGGUUCAUCUUAACUCAGCACGUGCUCAGCACGGUCGUCAGGAGGGUGGUGGUGGUAGCAGUGGGAGUGGUGUUGCCACAGGAAAUGCCAGCACAAGCACCGGAGGUGGACGCUAUGUCAGAGCCAUCCCAGGAUCAUCAUCCAACUACCACACCCGCUCUGCCUCGCUGCCAGUCUCUCACUUCCCCUCAACCACCAGUCCUGUGAGCGUAUCCUCCAGUAGUGGCCACGGAUCUGUCUCUGACACAUUCACCCGCCCGUCAAGCGCCUCAAUAUGUGGCUCACCAUCUGAUGGUGGCUUUAACUCUUCAGAUGAGUAUGGUUCCAGCCCUGGUGAUUUCCGGUACUUCCGGGUGCGAAGUAACACACCAGACUCCUUGGGCAACACACCACCAAUCAGAGAAGAGAACUGUUUAAAUGAUUACAUGGCUAUGAGCUGGAACAGAGAGGUCUUUGGCACCACUGGGGGGUCUGGACACAACAGUGGAGGUGAUGCACCUCGGGAUGAGAGCACAUCAACAACAGAGGAUGAACGCUUUUCUUCAUCAUCAUCAUCAUUUGGGCUGCUCCGUGGUGGACCAUCCUCCUCCUCUUCCUCUCUCCGCUCUGACUACAGCUCCUGCUCUGAGCAUAGCCAGCAGAGUCGUCCCUCUACACUCUCCCGGACAGAGACCGGCAGCGAACGCCCUCCCCUCUCCUCCUCCUCCUCCUCUGCCAAGGAAGACAGCGGCUACAUGCCCAUGAUGUGUGGCGUGGCUGCCUCACCACGGGAUACUCCCCCUGACUAUAUGCCUAUGCAACCCAGCCCUUACUCCAGUCACUUCUCCCACUCUCCUCAGUUUCACAGUCCAUCUAUAAGUGCCAGUGCAGCCCACCACCAACCCCCGCUCCAGUCCCAAUCCUCCACAGACCCUCAUGGCUACAUGAUGAUGCUCCCGGGGGGCAGUGGCAGCUCCCCCUCCCCAGUGCAGGCUUCUCUCAGUCCCAGCCCUCACAGUAGCUCCAGCAUAGCUGGGGCCAGUGGGAGUGACAGCAUAGCAGAGAGACCAGAGAAUGGGGAAUAUAUGGACAUGUCAUACAGCAGCAGUGGGGGGCACAAGCUCGCCAAUGAGAGCAGCAGUGGGUAUUGCAUACCUGGCAGACCUGAGGGCACCCCCAAGUCUUACAGCCCUUACUUCUCUCUCCCUCGCUCCUACAAGGCCCCCUCCAGAGAUCUGGAUGAGAAGGAGUAUGGGGAGUAUGUUCCUAUGAGUUCGCCUGCAAAACCGAUCUAUCCAUCAGUUGCCGCAGCUUUGAUGUCAACACCAGAGAAGAGGGGUGGGGGAGGAAGUAGCACCUCCACUCCCUCUCACCCACCACCGCCUUAUGGAGCUCACCACACGACUGCUGCGAUGGCUGACCGACGUAUUGUGAGGCCAAACCGGCUUCCUUUAGGUAGGAGGAGUUUCCAUGGUCGGGCUAAUGAGCCCUCCAGAGCGUCUGCAGGUACUUCAGCCUCGGUCCCCGCCACUGGCAGCUCUUCUGAAGGGCCUUCCAGUCCUGGAGAGUAUAUUAACAUUGAGUUUGGAGAUCACUAUCCCCACCAACAACAGUCACCUUCUUAUCCUCUCUCUGCCCAAGAUGAAACGCUUUCCCUGGGAUCCAGUGACCACCGUCACUCCCCUCCCCAGCCACAAACUCAUCAGGACUAUAUGAGUGUGGAGGUAGGGGCAGACCAGCAGGACAGUGCUGGACAUCUGGCUAUAUCAGACCCCUGGCUAGCAAUUCUGGGAUGA